AUGACAGUGCAACAAUCACUAACCAUAAAAGCAGCAAAGAAGCAAUUGCGAAGUCAGGUGAAAGCUCGCCUUAAGUCCGUAACUCAGGAGUCGCUAGCUUCCCAAUCACAACACAUAUUAUCAAGACUUGCCAAUAAUCCCACAUUUCUAAAUGCAAAAUCUGUUGCCGUGUUUAUGAAUAUGCCAGAUCUGGAGGUGAAAACACUUACCAUAAUAGAUCAUUGCUUCAAACAGAACAAGAAAGUGUACUUGCCACGUUGCAACACUGUGCCCAUAAAACACCGGAAACCAAAUUAUUUAUCAAUGCUCAAAAUUGAAUCGUACAAUGAUGUUUUGAACUUACAACCACAAGGAAAGUACCAACUACUUGAGCCAAUAUCUGGUGAAGAUGCAAUAGAAACAGGCGAUCUAGAUCUCAUACUACUCCCUGGAGUUGCAUUCUCGUCUACAUUACAGCGAUUGGGACACGGAGCUGGAUUUUAUGACGAGUUUUUAUCAGUUUAUAAAGAAAAAUGGUCGAAAUUGCCUUCCUUGAUAGGGCUUGCAUUACAAGAACAAGUUGUUCCAGAGAACACCAUACCCGUUGAGGAUCACGAUUAUGGGCUCGAUCAAAUAAUCACCAGUUCACGUACUUUUCCUUCCUUACAACAAAUAUAA